AUGCUUCCCGAGCCAACCGUCCCACGACAUGCUCCGAUUUCGGCGGCAGCACCGGCGAAUCACCUUGCCAGAGCGGUGCCGAAGCCGUGGCGAGCAGGAACGCACGUUGGCCUCGGCUUGGUUGCUGCCUGUGGCGCUGCGGCCACACCACGGCAGGGUGCAGUGCGGAAAGGGGCGGCGAAGGAACUCUUGUGGCCCGAGGAACCCACGCCCGUUACCAAGAAGGAGGAGAAGAAAGUUUGGGACGUCGUCAAGGAGUCUUACUUCAACUUCCGCAAGCUCGAGCCGGAAGAGAUGGACCAAAUGCUCCUGUCUCUGCAGGAGAAGCUGCCUGAGAGCGCGGUGCAGCAAGCAGGGAUGGCCGGAUCGAUGAGGCGACAGGUGAUGUUCAAUGCCACGAUUCUCAAUCAUGGCCGCCUCAAGACGGAGGCCACCGAGCUGGCAAAGAUCAGCCGUGACCUUCAAAAUCGAGAGGAGCUUUGUGCCCCCGUUCUGUCCAGAAAGCUGAACCUGCCUCCGCACAUGAUUCUGAAAGAAAUCCUGGUCGAAGAGCGCUUGAAGAAGACACUACCCCGACUGUACAAGUUGCUGGACAAUGCGCGCGAGGAAAUGCCGUUCACGGACUCUUGGGAGCAUGAGGCGCAAGCGAUUCUUAAGGAGACCCUGCCGUCGCCCUUGGACCCCUGGCUACUCCGAGAAGUGCUUUGGACCGUGGAAAACGACCACGAGGCCAAGCAUCAUCGAGGGAAGAUUAUGGCAUCUGCAUUCGAGGAUGCUUUGGUGCAGUUUUGCCAAGAUGCCGGCCACUCCGUGCAAACUGAGCUGGAGCUCUUGGAGCAGGGUUCUCAAGAAGGUAUGUUGAUCACGCCGGACCUGCUCUUCGAGUCUCCAAUAUCUCUGCCUCAUCGGAAGGAGUCUGUCAGGUGGAUGGAAUGCAAGAGCUUCUACGGGACGACUUUCAACUUCGUGAUGCAAAGGAAGCUGCUGAAGCAGGCGAAACGCUAUGCCAAUCAGCUGGGGCCUGGUGCUUUGGUGUUCCGGCAUGGCUAUUCUGCUGCCAUGAAGAGGCAAGUGGAAGAGAAGGUGCCCGGAGUCGUUGUGCUGGACGGAUCCCGUUUGCCCGACCUCCCGUCCCCGCUGGAUUCCGAUGAGCCGUCGACUUUUGUAGCCGGGCCGAAGGCGGAGUUCUGGAAGCUGGACCUUCCGAGCCGCUCCGGCAAAAGCCGCCGCAGUGGCAGUGGGAAGACACCCGCGAAGAAGACGAAAUCCCCAAAGAAGACGACGAAAUCCCCAAAGAAGACCACAAAAUCCCCGAAGAAGACGAAGAAGACACGGACUUCCGCGCUGAAGCUUGCAGAAAAGAAUGCGUGA